AUGAAGGUCAAGAUCAGUGGUCCACAGGGCCUGAACAAAGUGUUGACAUUGGGGCCUGAUGACACCUUGGAACAAUUGGUGGAAAACUCGGGUUCUUCACUGCCUGUUAUAGGGGUUAGAUUCGGGUAUCCACCACAGAAGGUGGAAUGUACAGAAGAGACUUUGCAAGCAAGUGUUGAUUCUUUAGGUGUGAGUUCUGGUGAGAAAAUAACCUUAAUCACAGAGGAAUUUCCCGAAGCCAAAAUCGAUGAUGGCCUUGAUGUGAAGUUGCCAGUGACUGCUACGAGAAUUGUGCUCCCCGACGGACAACAAAGGGUUUUGGAAGUACACCAAGUACCAGAUGAUAAUUCAUGCUUGUUUCAUGCAAUUUCGUAUUGCAAUUACAAAGAUAUAUCAAUUUCUCCACAACUUCGGUCAUUGGUAAGUGAACAGGUUUUAGCAGAUCCAGUCACUUACUCCGAUGCGGUUUUGGAUAGACCGAACCAUGAGUAUGCCAAGUGGAUCUUGAAGAAGGAAUCUUGGGGUGGUGGCAUUGAGAUUGCGAUAAUCUCGAAGAAACUUGGUAUAGCCAUCUAUGUUCUGGAUAUCGAUGCUCAACAAUUUGAGAAAUUUAAUGAGGACCAGUUUGACCCAUUUAUCGUGAUAAUGUUCAACGGUGUGCACUACGAUGCUAUUGAGCUGGAUGAUGGCAAGACUGUAUUUGACAAAAGAGAUCUUUUCUACACAGAGCUCAUACUUACCGGUGCAUUGGAGAUAGCCAGACAAAUGAAAAAAACAGGCCACUCGUUCAACACCCGUAAGGACAACAUCAUAUGUAAUGUAUGCCAAAAGACUCUAGUUGGCGAGAGAGAGGUGGCCAAACAUGCAGAGAGCACUGGUCACGUUGAUUUCGGCCAAGCCUAG